AUGGCAACAUUCCAGACACGCGCAUAUCCCAUGCAUCCACCACAAUAUGCAUCAUACACUUACCGAACCCCCCCAACCACUCCGCCGCCCGCCGGGGGCUAUACUUAUUUCUCUCCGCGCAACUACUCCUACGCCUCCGCGCCGUCGAAAGGACACACUCGACGAGCGACCGGCGACGGGACGUACACCUACACCUACGCGACCACCACGGCCGCCUCGACGCCCAGCAAGUCGACGCAAUACACCGCAUCAGACCGCGCGUACUUCUCCUCCUCGGCGCACUCGACGCCCCAGCGCAAAUCCGACCAUGUAAGUGGCUCUGAUCGCAAGCGCGACCCUCCUCGACCACGAGACUCGGGCACCAAGCAGCGCAAGUACUCGAGCAGCAAGCAAUACUCGUCCCGGAAGCAGCACGUCGACGACUACGACCGCUACGACCGCUCCUUCGAGUAUCUGCCGCGCUACGAACAGUACGAACCGCGACCGCCGCCGUACAAGAAGCAACAACAACAACAGACAUACUACUACUGCGAGCCACGAACUGAUCAUCGCUCUCGUGAUCAGGUCCCCAUCUACACCCCGGCCGACAGCAUGCCGCGUCCUCGCCGCGCCUCCUACACCGCCAAGCCCACCCAGCCGCCACCGCGCACGCGGCCCAGCACGGCCUCGUCGCCACCACCACCCAAGGCUACCGCCGAAGACGCACGCAAGGCCGGCAUUCCCGCCGGCUACUCCUACAAGAACUGGGAUCCGACCGAGGAGCCAAUCCUGCUGCUAGGCAGCGUCUUCGACGCAAACUCUCUCGGCAAGUGGAUCUACGAUUGGACCGUCUUCUUCUACGGCCCGGCGACCCCCAUGUCCGAGGUGGCGGGCGACCUCUGGCUCUUACUCAUCCAACUCGCGCACAAGAUCAAGCGCGCCGAGGACAUCAUGCCGCGCAUCCGCGCCACCAAGAAACGCGAGUUGGUCGACGACUUCCUCGAUUCCGGCGAGCGUCUCUGGCAACGCUUCAACAAGCUCCUCAAGAUCUGCGAGAACUACAUGUGGAAGGCCGCCAAGAAGGAGAGCGGCGGCGCCAAGAACGUCACCAUGGGCAAGAACAGCGGCUGCGAGUUCGUCGAUGCCAUCUUCGGGCGCGAUCGCGAACUGGAGCGCACGGAAAAGCUGAUGGCUGGCAUCCGCCUGUGGAGCAUGCGCUUCGACGCCAACUGCGAGGACAUCCUCCGCAACCCCACCAAGUAA